AUGCUUUCAUGCGGCAAGUUCGUCGGUUGGCCACCGUCGGCUCCACCGGGAAAAGCGGCGGUUGGUCGUCGAUUAGCUCAAAAACACUGUCGUCGAAAAUGCCCCUGUCGCUUUCAUCGUCGAAGCAUCCCACAAGCGUUCGUCCGUCGGUUCUGUCCAUGUGAGAAUUUCAUUAUCCUCACUGGUGCAAUUACAGCAACCGGAGGACAGAAGCAGUUUUGCGAUGUCGGUUUUCAAAUUAGAGUCGAGAAAAGGCGACACCAGAGUACCGGGCCGAUUCACCUCGACGUCUGUCUGUCAGGCGAUCGUUUGGUUCGCCCAAACGAACCUCCGAAUAGACGAGUCUACGGAGCACUCUGCCCUGGCGUACGAUAUCGGUAUGAUGUAAAGUUCAUGAGGGAAGAUCAGAACCGUCGGAGAAAGACUCGAGUGCAAGCCAUUACCUGGUUUUCACAGGGUUGUUGCAGUAGUGUGGCAAUCUUACACCUCUCGAUAGAUCACGUGAUGGUGAUAUCGUCCAUUGGUCAUUGA